GUUGAAGAGUGUUUCUCUUUUGUUUAAAGUAGUGGGUCGGUGCUUUACAAACGUGGUGCUCCCCUCGUGGCUAAGGCUUGUAGCAGCUCACGUUUUUAGUUAUGUCCAAAAGCGAAUUAGCAUGUGUUUACGCUGCCUUGAUGUUAGCUGACGAUGAUAUCGACGUUACAGCUGACAAAAUAAAUACCAUCCUGAAGGCUGCAAACAUCAAGUUUGUUGAAUCGUAUCUUCCCAAUCUUUUUGCAACGGCUCUAAACGGAAAGAAUGUCAAAGAUCUGCUAAUGUCAUUGGGGUCUGCUGCACCUGCUUCUGCUGCCCCAGCGUCGGCACCGGCGGCAGUAGCCAACAGUGCUCCUGAAAAGGGAAAAGAACCUGCAAAAGAAGAAAAGAAACCAGUUUCAGAUGACGAUUCUGAUGAAUCGAUGGGCUUUGACUUGUUCGGUUGAUUUCAUCCUAUGUACAGAAUAUAUUGGAUACAUGCAUGACCAUGAUAUUUAACCACGAAUCGACGUGAGUUCAUGUCUUUCUCUUUGUAUCAUGCGAUCAAAGGAUUGUGGUGUCAUUGCGUUUCUGAAUAACCCUACUGAAAUUUGUAGUCAAAGUUCACAACAGUAGUUUUAAUCAGAUCCAACGGUAGAUCAGACAUGCUUCGUUAAACAUUUUUAUCAGCGGUAGGUAAGCUAGUCUGCUAGUUUGUUGCGUGUUCUGUCAAGCUACC